AUGCCAAAUGGCUCCUUGGACGCUCAUCUCUUUAGAGAGAAAUCUGGUGUGUUGAGUUGGAAUGUUCGGUACCAAAUUGCACUGGGCAUCGCCAAGGGUCUCGCCUAUCUGCACGAAGAAUGUGAGGACUGCAUCAUACACUGCGACAUCAAGCCUGAGAACAUACUGCUCGAUGCAGAGUUCUGCCCCAAGAUUGCCGAUUUCGGCAUGGCGAAGCUGCUUGGGAGAGAAUUCAACUCGGCGCUGACCACCAUGCGAGGAACCAUGGGAUACCUCGCACCAGAGUGGCUAUCCGGGCUGCCCGUCACCAGGAAGGCCGACGUGUACAGCUUCGGCAUUGUGCUCUUCGAGAUCAUCUCGGGGAGAAGGAGCACCAAGAUGAUGCAGUUUGGGAGCCAUCGGUACUUCCCUCUCCACGCGGCUGCUCAGGUGAACGAAGGGGAGGUUCUGUGCCUGCUGGAUGCUAGGCUGGAAGGCGAUGCUAAUGUGGAGGAGCUGGAGGUCAUCUGUAGGGUCGCCUGCUGGUGCAUCCAGGACCAGGAGAGCGAUAGGCCAUCAAUGGGGCAAGCUGUUCGCAUGUUGGAAGGUGUCGUAGACGUUGAUAUGCCUCCAAUACCAACUUCGCUUCAGGACCUUAUGGAGGGUGAUAGAAGUGAUACAUAUUCUGAUUCCUGA